CCGUAACCCAGCAUUUAAACUGCACUGACGGUACAUAGCAGCGACCAGUCUUAGUUCUUCAUUCAACAUCACCCAACCCGACAACAUGGCUCAACAUGACGAGAUGGCCUGGUCCGACUCGCCUCCCUCAUAUCACGACGUAUCAUCCAGUCGCUUACUCAACCAGAAUCUGAUCACAAGAGAUGACGGUCGUGUCGACCUAGAGCUCAACACGCGAGUAGUCAAGACCUUGUCUGUCCUCCUUCCAAACUUCAAAUCUCCAGCCCCCCACAACACAGCAGAGCCCGCUGAGUCGCCCCCAGCAUACUCUGUCGGAGAUGCUCGGAACGCCAAGUCAACCACUUGCCCCGUCAAGCUCAACAUCGUCAUCCAAGUCGUUGGCAGCCGUGGAGACGUGCAACCGUUUGUCGCCCUUGGAUGUGAGCUUCAGAAGCAUGGCCAUCGAGUACGCAUCGCAACGCACAAUAUAUUCGCCUCUUUUAUACGCGCUGCGGGGCUGGAGUUCUAUCCAGUGGGCGGUGACCCUGAAGAGCUGAUGUCAUUCAUGGUAAGAAACCCCGGUUUGAUACCGAGCAUGAAAAGCCUGAGAGCUGGCGAUGUCCAAAAAAAGCGAAGAAUGGUGAGAGAAAUGUUGAAUGGCUUUUGGGACUCAUGCAUAUUGCCCGACCCGGUCACAUCGACACUAUUCGUGGCUAAUGCCCUCAUUGCCAACCCCCCUAGCUUUGCACACAUCCACUGUGCCCAAGUGCUCGGUAUUCCGGUACAUCUAAUGUUUACUAUGCCGUGGACCAGUACAAGGGCUUUCCCGCACCCUUUGGCAAACAUCAAGCUCGGGAGGAACUUUGGGCUUGAGCUUCAGACAGCCAACUACAUUUCAUAUGGCGCCGUUGAAUUUUUGACAUGGCAGGGCCUCGGAGAUGUGAUCAAUGGAUGGAGAGAUUCUAUUGAUCUAGAACCCGUGGCAUUCUCGGAGGGACCUCGACUGGCGGAAACACUCAACAUCCCGUUCACAUACUGUUGGUCUCCUGCCUUGGUACCAAAACCAUCAGACUGGCCCUCAAACAUAGAUGUUUGCGGCUUCUUCUUUCGAGACCCUCCCAACUAUAACCCCCCACCUGCACUCGACGAUUUUCUUCGACGUGGUCCCCCGCCAGUCUAUAUUGGGUUUGGUAGCAUUGUCAUCGAAAACCCCGAAAAAUUGUCCGCCAUUCUACUCGAAGCAGUCGCUAGGACGGGCAUACGCGCGUUAAUAUCAAGAGGGUGGAGUAAGCUCGGAGGUCCCGAGGGAGAUAACAUCAUGUAUUUGGACGAUUGUCCUCACGAGUGGUUGUUCCGACAUGUGGCCGCUGUGGUUCACCAUGGCGGUGCAGGAACAACAGCUUGUGGCCUUCUUAAUGGACGACCAACGACCAUCGUUCCCUUUUUUGGCGACCAACCGUUCUGGGGAGAUAUGGUGGCUGCCGCUGGUGCGGGGCCAAAGCCCAUCCCUUACAAAACCCUCAACGCCGAGAACCUUGCAGAGGCAAUCGAGUUCUGCCUCCAAACAGAUGUUGUGCUGGCGGCAAGCGUCAUUGCAUCUAAAAUGCAAACGGAGUCCGGAGUCAAAGCAGCAGUGGCAUCGUUCCACGCAAACCUUCCGCGGCAGGGGCUUGAAUGCAACAUAAUCCCAGGUCAACCGGCCUCCUGGGUAUACAAGGGGAAGCACGGAACCCUAAAGCUCUCUAAUGUCGCCGCUCAAAUCCUUUCUGAUCAUUCGAAAGUCGAUUUCAGGAAGCUGAAAAUGCACGCAACCCGACAGAUUAGCAUUGAAACUCGAAGGUGGGACCCUGUAACCGGCACGAUAUCUACUGCCGCCGUGGUUGCCAGUGACAUGUUGCGGGCUACCGCAGAUAUCGUCAUCAAGCCAGUCAAGGUAUACCAGAAGCACACGAAGGCCUCACCAAUGCAGCCUGAAGAUGGGCAAUCAAUACUUCUCCAUUCUGGUCAGAAUGUAGGUUCUGAGAUGCAGCUCAAACAAAGUGAUCGGCGAAAUUGCAUCACUGGAGUGGGAGCCGCAGCCAUUGCUUCAGCUUCGGGCGUCGCAAACUUAGUUGGAUAUUAUGUUAGCGGCUUCGUAAAGAUUCCCUUUGCAUUCACAGAGGGACUUAGGAAUGUUCCUCACCUUUACGGUGAGGAGGUCCGAGAUUAUGGCACCAUUAGCGACCUGAAGUCGGGGACUGUCGCUGGAGGCAAGGUCCUAGUGUAUGGAGUAGUUGAUGGGGUGAUGGAUGUUUUUGUACUCCCAUACAAGGGAGCAAAACAUGGGGGAGCACUCGGAGCUGUAAAGGGAGUCGGCAAAGGUGUUGCCAGCAUCUCCAGCAAACUCUUCGCCGCAACCAUGGGGGUCGCUACGUAUCCCUUGCAAGGUAUGUACAAAAGCGUUAGGACAGCUACAAAUUCGAAAACCCGGCACGCGAUAAAGUUGGCGAGACGGGAUGAGGGUUUGUUUUUGGCGAAGCGACUCCCUGUGGCAAGCAUAGAUGAGCGACAGGUGAUAGAAGGUUUUGAUGCUGUGAAAUGAGGCAACGGUAGAGUUAGAGGAAGCUUAAGGGAAUAGGGGUCCACAAUUAUUUCUUUAUACUCUAG